AUGUUUUUCUCCGAUCCAAUGCCGCCACCUAUGGACUCUGAAAAAACCUAUGAGUUAUCUAUUGUUUAUGACAACGAUUUGAAUCAAUAUCUUAUUCGGCCGUUGACUUUAGACGAUCUUGAGACAGUAAUCAAAAUUGAUCAAGACACUUGGCAAAAGCUAGCAUGGCCUAUAGAUACGUUUCAUAAUGCUCUCAACGAUCCAAGAGCGUAUAGUUGGGUACUUGAAACUACUACCAUCGAUCAUUCAAUAGUCGGAUACGGUAUGCAGAUCGUAUCAGGUAGUAAUUCAAACGUCACGAAUUUAACACUUCAUCCGAGUCAGUGUGGGCGAGGUCUCGGUGGCCUAAUUCUACGUCAUAUGAUAGAACAUGCACGACAACUUGCGAUGUUGAGUAUGACUCUGGAAGUGGACACGUCAAAUAUACGUGCAUAUAAUCUAUAUACGAAGCAUGGUUUUGCAAUUACUCAUUUCCUUGAGAACUACUAUGAAAAUCAGACUGAUGCAUAUGAAAUGAAAUUGAUUCUGUAG